AUCUUUCAUAUAUUUUUGAUAAACCAAAAUUUAUAAAAAUGUAUUCAGCACACUCAGUGAAUUUUUUGCUAUUACGAAAAAUAGAAAUAGUGCUAUCGUGAAACCAUAUUUGCAUAGCACAAAAUAGAGAUAUUGCAUAGCAUGUUGUAACGAUUAAAAAACAAACAAAAAGAACAUGUAGUAUCAAUGUGUCUUAAAUUCGACACAACUUAAAUUUAUUAAAUGUUUUAAACAGAACAGGAACUAUCUAAAUAUAAUAAAGAUCUUGUAUUAUUUAGUAAACUCAUCUGCGUAGUAAUUCUUACAAAAUGUUUGCCAUUUGGAAAGGGAAUAUUGAUUUUAAGAUCAAAAUCAAAAUACUGUAAGUACAAUUUAAUAAAAGUAAAAAUAGUUCAAAAAAAUUACCUUCAAACAAAGAAAAAAUAGUUCAUUACAAAAAGUAGAUAAUCAAUGAUUUGUUAUUUUAUGAUGAAAUAUAGUUUGGGAGUAAAUAACAACUAUAAAACACGAAUAUUUAAUGUCUUAAACGAUAUCCUCUGUUUAGUAUACGAAGCUUGUAAAUAUUUCAUAAGCUAAAGAUUAUUAAAAUUGUAAUUGUUAUUAUAAACAGUAUUUGUUUAUAAUAACAAGAGUUUAUACUUAUAUUUUAAUAUGUUUUUAUAAUUUAGUUAAAAGAAAACAAUCAAACAUUUAUAACGUAAAACUGUAUUUAUUUUUAACAGUGUAAUUUAUCCUUAAAUGUACUGCACUGAGUAUUAUAUUUAAAAAUAUUUCCUCACACACAGAUUGUGAACUGGACUGCGGUGGUAGACUGAGGUGGAAGAGAAGCUAAAGUGCUUAGCAUUCCUGUGCAUGAGUACUCUGAAGUACAUCAUAAUAUUAUCACUGUAUGUAAGAGAUUGUCAACUGGACUGCGGUGGUAGACUGAGGUGGAAGAGAAGCUAAAGUGCUUAGCAUUCCUGUGCGUGAGUACUCUGAAGUACAUCAUAAUAUUAUCACUGUAUGUAAGAGAUUGUCAACUGGACUGCGGCGGUAGACUGAGGUGCCAGACAUGUGGAAGUACUUAGCAUUCCUGUGUGUGAGUACUCUGAAGUACAUCAUAAUAUUAUCACUGUAUGUAAGAGAUUGUCAACUGGACUGCGGCGGUAGACUGAGGUGCCAGACAUGUGGAAGUACUUAGCAUUCCUGUGUGUGAGUACUCUGAAGUACAUCAUAAUAUUAUCACUGUAUGUAAGAGAUUGUCAACUGGACUGCGGCGGUAGACUGAGGUGCCAGACAUGUGGAAGUACUUAGAAUUCCUGUGUAUGAGUACUCUGAAGUACGUCAUAAAUUUAUGAAUACAUGUAAGAGUGGAAUAUAUACUUUCAAGUAGACUGCAGCGAGAGCGUAAGGUGGUAGAGAAGCUGAAGUGCUUGGCAUUCACAUGUAUAAGUUCUCUACAGUAUAUCAUAAUCCUAUAACUGCUUGUAAGGAUUGUCAACUAGACAGCAGCUUGAGACUAUGCUGGCAAAGAAGCUGAAGGGCUUAAUUUUCCUGUGUAUGAGCGGAAAUUUUUAUCGUCCAAUGUCUCGAAGACAUCGUAAUCAGCAAAUGAUUUUUUUUAAAUAACAUUACCAGUCUAUGUUUAGUAGAUGCAGCAAGGUAGAACUUUUCCUUAUCCAUAAUUUCCUGUUUCCUUUUGUUAUGUUCUCCGAAUAGGUUUGGUAAUUAAGGAAAGGUUUCCUAUUUAGUCUCAUAGCCAUAAUUAUAUGAAAUGUUGCUUAACACAUUGAAGCAGUAGGUGUGGUAAAGAAAAGCACACACAAACCACAUGUAGUAAUUACCCAAUUAAUUCUCAUCAAUAAUUGAUAACGAAUUAAUUAAAAGUUUAGAUGAAACGAAUCCCAAACAAUAAUUAUGACAAGUAAAUUAGCCAAGGGUUAUCCGAUUACAAAUCCCGAGUUUAAUCAAACUUAUGCCUUUAAUAUUACAGGCUGAGUAUACUUAAGGCUGUAAUAAAAUGACUAUUUCAUUCUAUUAUCUGUAUUUUAAUUAUGUUUCAUGAGUUAAUCUAUUCCCGUGCCACUUGAAACUGUAAUAUUUAACUGCGGUGUAAUCGACUCUGAGUUAGGCCACUACGCUGAGACCUCACCAUGCUUCUCAAACUGCUGCUUCUAUCAUGCUUCGUGUCUUUCACGCCUGCUCGAUACCAUGACUUUCCUGCUCAUGAUAAUUUAGAUUUGGUCGCUGCAUCUAAUGAUCCUAUGGCAAGGGUGAAUGCUGCAGAAUAUACUGCGAGCUACUGGCACAGCCAAAGUAUUGCGGCAUUACAGCGGCACCUGGAGACACCCCUGCUCACCGGUCCUGCCAAGAACGUGAUCCUGUUCCUGGGGGACGGUAUGUCUAUCGCUACCGUUACCGCGGCCAGGAUAUACCUCGGACAGCUGAAUAAUCGACCUGGGGAAGAGCAGCAGCUGUCCUUUGAAAAGUUUCCCUUCACUGGCUUAUCUAAGACCUACUGUGUUGACUCUCAAGUGGCAGACUCUGCGUGCUCCGGGACCGCGUAUUUGACCGGGGUGAAGAACAACAUAAGGACCUUAGGUGUCACUGCAGAUGUUGGCUACAAGGAUUGGAAAGCCAUGCAGAACCAAAAAUUCCACACCCAUUCCAUCCUUCAGUGGGCACAAGACGCGGGAAAGGGAACAGGCAUCGUCACCACCUGUAGAGUAACAGACGCUUCUCCAGCAGCCGGCUACUCACACACUGCGUACAGGUAUUGGCAAACUGAUCUGGAUAUCAAAAGAGACUAUCCGAAUGCCACAGGAGUACAAGAUAUCGCUCAGCAACUUAUAAAAAACAAUCCAGGACAAAACCUUAAGGUUAUUCUUGGAGGAGGCAGGACUUAUUUUAUACCCCAAGAGCUACAGGACAGCUAUGGCAACAGCGGAGAGAGGGGUGAUGGACAAAACUUGAUACAUACCUGGAAGACACUGAAAGAAUCCAAAAAUGUAACCACUUCCUACAUCUCGAAUAGAGACCAACUGUUGAAUUUAGACGUGAGCUCGACUGAUUACGUUCUUGGUCUCUUCCACAAAGGACACAUGGACUAUCAUGUCAAUGCUGACCCCAGUCAGCAGCCUACCCUAACAGAGAUGACGUCACUGGCCAUUCGGAUGAUGCAAAAGGAAGAAAACGGCUAUUUCCUCUUUAUAGAAGGAGGUAGAAUCGACCACGGACAUCACGAGAACAAAGCCCACAUCGCUCUGGACGAGACUGUUGAAUUCCACAAGGCUAUCGAGAUGGCUGUCAACAUGACCAGUGAGGACGACACUCUGAUAGUAGUAACUGCAGACCAUGCUCACACCAUGACCCUAAACGGAUAUCCACUCAGAGGCAGCAACAUCUUCACUACUGUACAGAACACAAGGGAUAAUCUGACCUACUCUACACUAGCGUACGCUAACGGUCCGAACACUCACCGCUUCGACCUGCCUAGCCACUCUCAGCAUGACAUCAGAAAUGAUUCCAGAGAAAACGUCAACUACACAUUCCCCACUAUCAGCUUGCUAUCAUCAGAGACACACGACGGGCAGGAUGUGGGAGUGUACGCGCGAGGACCGUCCGCUCAUCUCCUCGUCGGUAACUACGAGCAGUCGCUCAUCCCCCACGUGAUGGGCUACGCGGCCAGGAUUGGUCCCGCUGCUGAAGCCCUAGUAGCCUCGUCGAGCCUGGAUGUAACCUCCCUAACAUCGUGGGUACUGCUGUGGACGAUGGCGAUCUUUAUCAGUCUUGGCAUAUAAACUUUUUUUGAGUUUUUUCUUAUACAAUGUGAGCCAUUCAAUAAUUUACCAUUCUUAAAGUUGAUUUGAAAAUCGUAAUUUCAGCUAAUUUACCACAAGGAAUGAAAUUUAAACAUAUCUCUAUUGCUUCUUGUUAGUUUUUAAGCUAAUCAAAUUUGUAAAGUAAUUUAAUUAAAUGGUUUUUUUCGUACA